ACUUUACCACGAGACGAACCCAUGAAUCAAAUCAACUCUUCAUCACCAAAAACCUAUUCGUUAAUUCAUUGAACUUUUUCUUUUGUAUUUGCAACUUUUUAUUUUUAUCUUUUCAUCCUGGGGCCACAGAUCGCGAUGCUGGCCACAGCAUGAAAGUGAAUGACGAACACUGUCCUCCGCGGGCUUGAUUUUGUCUUACGCCUCUGCAUGUCCUUUUUGUCCGGUUGGCCAGUGCCAUCUGGGGCUGGCUUUUGGGCCCUGCCUUGUGUUUGGACGAAGCAGCAAGCCUCCAAACAAUUGCUGUUUUUUUUGUCCCUUCUUAUCUCCGCUUUUUCUCCAUUGCUGUAUUUGCUUUUUUUUUCUCUUUAAUUUUUCUCAAAUUUUAUUUUUUCUGGUCCGCUCCUUUGGCCAAACAUGGCAAGCAUGGCACAGAAUAUGACAGGUCCCGUCCAAAACUGAUCUGUCGGCAGGCUUCCCAGGUCGCAAAACGCUAGCUAGCUCCAACUCAAGUCCGGGGCUGACAAGGAGUUGCGAGAUAGGGGACGGCCCUUGCUUUGCUUCUCUGCCUCCCAAAUGGACAUGGGGACGUACGCAAAACGGAUGACACAAAAACUGCCACCCCCAAAAAAUGUAGCUUUCCGACAAUUAAAGUUGAUUUUAUUCCAACGACGCUAUUUCCGCCCUUAAUUUUUUUUUCACUUCUCUAUAGGACGGACUCCUGUCACACAAUCUGGCGAGUCGAGCUAGUCAAGUAGCUUGUCCAGUCGCGGCUGUACUCCUUACACACGUCUUGAGCGCCCCUUGACUAUCUUCUGCCGCUGCAGAGUUCCGUCUCCCGGCUCGAGCUUCCUUCGUGCACUCGACUUCUUUUUUUUUCUACUCGUUUUCGUUGUUUAAUAUCUUCACCGCCGUCUUUUUUUGUGUCUUGCCGUUUGCCGCAAUCAAGCGUGCCAGCAUAUCCGCCCGUUCCCGUUGCCACUUCAGAACCUUCGUUUUCUCAAGUUGCCAAACCAAGGCCGUUUGUUGUCUUGCUCCCUCGACUUGGUUUGUUUUCAGCCAGCCAUCCAGUCCUUGAUCGUCAUUGCUAUGGAGCAAAAGUAACAAGCACUUCUGUCCACCACCGGCUACGAAUACUUAAACCACGACAUCUCCGAUUCAAGACAUCUGUUUUUCUUGAAGGCACUAGCAAGAACCCUUAACCUUCUCAGCUCUAAACCUCCAGACCUUCAGCACACAAGCAAUCGCUGCCAGAAGUAACUUCGACAGCUCCUUAGCUCUCGACGCAUCAAACCCUUAUCCCCCUCUUUCUUUCUCUCUACUACGUACAAACCGAACCCACAGCCAAAAUGGUCUGCCAGGCACGCCACACAAAGUACUCGGAGCCGGCUGCGCCACCAUUUGCCAUGCCGCCCGCACAGUUCGAUGUGCGCGACCUUGAGCCCAGUCGGCCCAACAUGCCAUCAUCUUCAGAUACGGGGAUCCGUCAAAAGGCAGGAAUCCCAGGCGUGCGCUGUCCCACUUGCGCCGCCAGUGGCUCUGAGGUCUGGGUCAUUCAGGGUCGCGCUUGUGGCACCUGCGGUACUCCUUGCUUCUGAGCCACAGCUCUAUCUCUCUUUCCUAAACUACCUACCUACCUAGUCUUUGCCUUGGAAGCGGGGUUUGAGGAGGAAGGAGACUAGAUACACGCCACUUUAUUUGUUUCUGGCUAUCCUCUUUUUUGGACUUUUUUUCUUCGGCUUUGCCUGCGCAUCUCUGGGACAUUUGGAGUAAGGACUGGAUUGGGUUGGAUUUUACCAGGCGCAUUUUACAUUGGGACUCAGGACAACAAAAAAUCUUGGUAUUUUUCCUUCUUGAAAGCUGUAUUACUAUUAGGGUCUACCUACCAUGGGCUUCAAUUUUCCCACCCGGGUUAUCUUUCAAUGAACUGUCUACUGCACACAGAUUUUUG